AUGACGGAAAACAUUCCUAACCUGACAAAUUAUGAAAACAAAAUAUAUAACUUGAAAGUAGAAUGUGGACCUGAACACCCAGAAGUUCCUCCAUCAGUUAGAUUUGUAACCAAAAUUAAUAUGAAUGGAAUAAGUAAUUCCAGUGGAAUGGUGAAUGCACGGAACAUACCAGUAUUAGCAAAAUGGCAAAAUUCACAUAGCAUUAAAGUUAUACUUCAAGAGCUAAGACAUCUAUUGAUGUCCCAAGAAAAUAUGAGGCUUCUGCAGCCACCAGAAGGACAAACAUACAACAAUUAA